AUGGCGUCUCCAACUUCCAAGGCUCUCGUUCUCGUCACUGGAGCUAACCAGGGACUCGGAUUUGCUGUGGCACAGCAGCUAGUCAGCUCGGGAAAAUAUCAUGUUCUUGUUAGCGCAAGGAACGAGUCCAAUGCACAAGCGGCCGUUCAAAAACUUCAGACUGAGGCGGUGGACAAGGCGGCGAUAACACCCCUCACCCUCGAUGUGACGGAUGAUGCGUCAGUCGAAGCAGCAGCCAAGAGCGUGAAGGAUCAAUUCGGGCAUCUCGACAUUUUGAUCAACAAUGCCGGACUCGGUAUGGUGUCCGACAAGCCCAUUCGCGAGCAGUAUCGCCAGAUUUUUGAGGUCAAUGUCUUUGGUGUUGCGGCCGUCACCGAAGCCUUCUUGCAGCUUCUCAAGGCGUCUCCCUCGUCUGACAAGCGCGUGGUUAACGUCACGUCCGGCUUAGGCUCGAUUACCAUGGCGGGUAAGAAGGACUACGCUUUCAAUGCCAAUGCCUGGUACGCGCCUGAUUACCGCAGCAGUAAAGCAGCCCUCAACAUGAUCACAGCAGCGCAGUCCGUCAAGUUUGCCAGUGACAAGAUUGCUGUAAUUGCUGUCGGGCCGGGUAUGUGUCGUACCCGAUUCACAGGUGGUCAGGGUCGAAAGGAUGCCAGUGAUGGAGCAAAGGUAUUGUGCGCGCGGCUACCGAGGGAGACGCAGAUGCACUGA